UUACAGGUGCAGGGGGCGGGGUCACGCUUUACAGGCAGGCAGCAUCACGCGAGAAUCAGCAAAGGGACGAGAAAGAUGUGCGAAUAACAGCGCCGCUAGUCGCCUCGUUUCAGCGCUGAACGCCUUCGUUGCUCCGAGUCCCCUGCUAACGGUUAUCCCUCGCUGUUUAACACUCGUCAUGUCGGCCGGGGACGUCGGUGUGCUCCGCCAAGAGGCCGGCAAGGAGGGCUCGAGAAUGCCGGCCUGGAAACGAGAGCUGCUCGAGCGGAGGAAAGCGAAGGGCGGCGGGUCUGGGCCAGGUGUCGACUCCGUCUCUUCUCGGGUUAAUGGCGAGCUAACGGGAAGUGGCAAGGAUGAGGUUACCGGAGCUAAUUCUAACCGGACGUACACCAUUACGCCUGCGGGAAAGCGGAGCGGAGCCACCGCCGCAUCCCCGGACAUGUCACCGGUGAAAACAAAAGACCCUUGGUCGGCCAUGGACCCCAACGACAGAGCGACAUCAGCGGAGAAAACAAUAACGGACAACGGCGUGCUUCAGGAGAGCUUGGGUCCCAUAAAGGAGAACCCGUUUAUCAAACUGGAGAAGGAGCGCAAGAAACGCCGGGAGCGAGAGAGCGCCUCUCGCCCGCUGCAGCAUAUUUUAGAAAUGUACGGCUCCGUGCCCGGGAUACGGACCAUCCGCGCCGAGAACAUCAUCAUCAUCGAAUCCGAGCCGGGCUACUUUCCUGCAUCCGGAGCGCAGCAGAACGGCACCGUUAGCGGAUACAGCUCUCUCAGUGACCUGCUGGACCGCAGAGGUAGUCCGGUUACUGAGAUCCGCGCGAAGGAGGUGGUGAUCUACGAUACGGCGCUUAGUAAAAGCGAGGAGAACCUGAGCACGCUGGGUCGCGCGAGCUGCGAGCUCUCCGACCUGGCGCAGGCGCAGGGCACGGUGAGCCGCAUGCUGCAGAAAUUCGACAGGAAGUACGGCAAGUUGCACGGGAAGUCUCGCAGUUCCGAGAACCUCCUAGACUUAGACACGAGUCCUGUCCUGUCAGGUCGCCGAGCCAGAUUCCAUCAUCCAGAUGUGGUGCCAAAAUGUGCGCCGUGCCCACAGCCUGGCUCUCCUGUCCGCGUCCCAGCAUCCUACAGCCAGUCAGUCUUCCAUGCUAGCCAGUCUUCCGAGAGGAAAUAUCACGAGUCUCCUAACGGCUCUGAGAGUAGCAGCCCUGUUCCCGGAUCCCCUCAGUCGGUGUCUUCCUUCCGACGUCGCUUUGAGGCCGUAGGGGGCCGCAGUGUCACUGUCAGCCCUAGAGAGGAGACGGAGAGGAGCCAGUCCAAGCCUGUGAGAGAGAGGGAGAGGGACUGGGACAGCACUGAUGGGGUGUCCAAAGCCAAGGUGCCAUGCUCUCCGGAGAGCCACUGUGCCCGUGCCGAGUCCUUGGCGAGCCCCACUUUGCCCCUUACUUCACCUACAUUUGAGAUCCGGCCUUCGCCGCGCCCGGAUCUGUCUACGUUGCCUGCCAGUGACGUCCAGGCUCGUGCCCUCGCCAACCUGCGCCUCCAGUCCCGCAAUUCCUUCACCGUCAUCCCCAAGCGGCUCGGGGUCCCAUCGGCGCCUGGCAGCACCGCGCCCUCCAGCCCCAUUCUGUCGCCUGCUUGCCCACAUGUGGAGCCUUCAGUGCCCUCAGUGCCAACGCCCACCCUACCCAUUCCAGCUUCCCCAUCUCUAGAAAAAAUUGUCGUGGCCCCCGUGCCACCUGUGCCACCUGUGCCAGACAAAACAGAACUGACACGUCCCGAAAAGCCCAGCUCGCCCACCUCAUCGUGUGAUUUCUCAAAACCUUCGCCUGAUUUGCUCACAAAGUCAACAUCACCCCCUAUUCACGAGCCGGUUUUCGAGAAGCUGCCCGUUACUAAUAUUGAUGACAUAGUGGUGGAGUCCUUGCCGCCCUUCCCCAGCCCCAUGGUGCAGAGAAGGAAAGGAAACACGUUUACAGUUGUCCCAAAACGUAGGACUGAGCCCCAGCCUAGCACUCCUGUUGUCCAGGAGCCUGUCCGGGAGCCUGUCCAGGAGCCUGUCCAGGAGCCACAGGGGUCACCAGUGCCACAGGGGUCACCGUCCUCUGCGGAGGCUCCUUAUGCCCAGCUAGGCACGCUACUGAAAAAGCGUUACCCAGCAGUGGAGGAAAUCGAGGUGAUCGGCGGAUACCUGUCCCUGGGCCGAUCCUGUUUGUCCAAGACUGGAUCCACAGGAAAGAAGCUGAAGAUCUCUUUUAAUGAGUCGAGCCUGCAGAGCACCUUCGAGUACCCGUCCGAGAGCAGCGUCUGGGACAGCGGCGAGGAGGAAGAAGAGGGGGGAGGAGGAGUGGGAGGAGGAGAGGAAGAAGGUGGCAUCAGCAUGGAAAGGAUCCACAUCCCGCGGCCGAGUUACACCUCCAGCCCAACCGGUCACAGCCCAAACAGCACUGAUCUAUCCAGCUACACUCCAAAGCACUCUGUGGACUUCACUGCCUGGCAGGAGAAGAAGCUCAGUGACUCUACAGACCCGGUUGAUGCAAAUUCCCAUCCUGCUGACAUGUCAGAUGAGGUGAUGUUGACGCCAGCAGACAGCUCCUCUCUCUCCGACUUCAGCAGCGAACCGGCUCUAUAUUUCUAAAUUUCCUCAGAACCCUGGAGCACACGGGACCAACCACCAGCCUGGACAACUCACAACCACACACACACACACACACACACAUACAUACACACACAUAUACAUACACACACAGAUAGAGACAAGAACCAGUAGCAUUCAUUCCAAUGAGCGGUGUUUCCAUUCCAUCUCUGCUGAGGUGUUACCGGCCAACCUGUACGGUUGAUCUGAUUUGCUCUUGACUUCCUGUCUCCAUGUGCUUUAUGUACUGAGAGAGACUAUUAAAAAACAUUUUAAAGGCUUAGAUGUAGCCUUUCUGUGUCUCGCCCUCUGUAUCCGUGUAGCACUGUUCACCUCAUAAAAGUGACCAAAUUUCCUAAACAUGGAGGAAGAAGCUCGGACUCAGCUGAUGUAAAUAAAAAGACUGACAAGGAUAAGGACAAAAAAAGGAAAUAAAAAGAGACAGUACAUAUAGCAGUACGCAAGAAGUGAAAGGGUGCCACAGUUCUUGUUCUUUUUGUUCUUGUUCCACCACUUCUACUGUUCUGUAUAUGUUUCACGUUUCCUGGAUGUCUGUGUUGUGCAACUUGUCCGAUAUGAAGCUCCUAUUCAGUGACCUCGCACAUCUAGUUUGCUCAUUUGAGUCAGAUUCGUGUUAUAUUUGACGUUUUUACAGCAAGCAGCUCAUAAAGCCUGAGUUAUGCUUUAAUCUUAACAGGCAGGGCGGGAUGUAAACAACAAAACGUGAUAUGUGAAAGUGCACGGUUUUUACUGUUGUCCAUGAAAAUAAAAGGUUGGCACGUAGACUGAGAUCAGGGCCGUGCCGAUUUCACUGCAGCCUCAGAGAUUGAUUAAAGUGUGAUGUAACAUUUGUUAUUUGGGAAAUGUACUUAAAUUAAUAGAUUCUCUGGGCAGUAGUUAAGGCAUUGGGUGACUGAUCAGUAGGUCAUGCUUUCAAAUCCCAGCACCUCCAAGCUGCCACUGUUGGGUCUUUCAGCAAUCGCUAAACUACUUAGAUGUAUCUUGUCACACUUGUAAAGAAGAGUAAAUAUUAGCAAACCUGGUCUCAGACUUAACACUGCACUGUGAUAAAUAGUGAUGCCUGACUUGACUCAGUGAAGCUUCUCUUUGUAUGAACCGACUCCUUUUAUUGAAUCAGUUGAACCACUUUACAAGUCCAUCCAAAAAAAAAAAAGACACUGGUUUAAGAAUAAACCAAAACACCACAUAGUCUAACAUCCUAAAAGCAACUAUUUUCAGUUCAUUUGUAUGCUAUGUGCAUGUCAGACCAUGUAGUGGCUCCGUGCACUGAACUCUAACAAGCGAAUCAAAAUGAGCCGAAUUGAGCUGAUCAUGAACACAGAUUGAGUCAGAUGAUCGACUCGCUCUGUGAACCGAAUAACUCUGUUGUCAGCUAUGUUUGAAUAUAGGAACCAAAAAAGAAAUGUGCAGAUCCAAAGGUCCACUGUGAUGUGUGAUGAACUCAAUCACUGAGUCGGGGUGAAUCAGUUGGUGAAUCAGUUUCUGUUAUGUUUUACUUGAAGUCCAGUGAAAAUGAGCUGAUCCCACAAACCAUUGCAACAUUGGGCUACUAGUACAAGAGUCUGUUGUAAAAGUUACACUAAAAUAUGUGGAUUAAAUGAGAAAGCAUGUUGUGCUUGAUAUUUUUAGUAAUGUUUGUUUAUGUGUUGUUUAGCUAGAUUGUAGUUUAAAUAAAGAAGCAGCUAGAAAUGUAUAAGGAGCAGUUUGGAGGUUUUAUGCUCCCCGUCCAGGCAAAACUGAAUCAGUCAAGUAGGAGUUUGAUUCAGUCAAAUGGAGAGUUUGAAAGAAUCAAACUUCCCAUCACUAGCAAAAGAGGCGUUUUAAAAUACAUUUAUUGGAGGCGGAGCUGCUGUCUGUUUUGCACUGCCUAUUCAUUCACAUGUCUGUCUAUACCAGCCAAUCACUGUGGAGGUGGGAGGGAACUUUUUAUAAGCGACUUUUACAAACUGCCUUGCUCAACCCUGUGUUCAGAUGGAAGCAUAACUCAGACUUUAGGGGCAACCAAAAGUAAAAAGUAACAUCACUGAUGUUUUCUGUGAUACAAUGCAACACUUUAGAUAUGCAGCUAUUAUUGCGUAAACAACCAGCUCUAAUAUAUUUACAACACUGUCUUGAAUGAGAUAUAACACUGUGUCAGUGAUGUAACAGCGUAUCGAACACCACAGUAUUGUUCACCGAUGCCAACAGACAUUUUCUCUGGUGUUAGACGUCAUUUUUACAUGUGGUGACAUCACUAUGUAAGGUUAUGUAAGCAGGUUAGGGUUUUUUCUUUGUCCUGCUCACUAUAUGACUUUCUGAACGCAAAACUCUUUCACAUUCCAGUGAGCAAAAAUGAACAGCUACUUCAGUCACUUUCAUAAAUGAGACGAUGUGCGUGUGCGCGUGAGGACGAAAAGACUGACUGGACACACAAUGCCAACUGACCCCAGUGUGUGUGUGUGUGUGUGUGUGUGUGUGUGUGUGUGAGUGAGAGAGAGAGAGAGAGUUUUUCAUUAGUCUCGAUAUGCUUCUUUGGCCAGUAUUGAUGCAGAGAUUCUACACUCUUGGGACACACUUUCAUAAUUUAUUUCAUAAAUGAGAAAUUUUAUUAUUUUAGAUCUUUUAGUAUCUUUUUAGGAAUUUUAGCUAGAAGUUCUACACAUCUGCUGUAGCAUUAAGGUGCUUUAUUUAAAAAAAAAAAAAUGAAAAAAAAUGAAAAAAACUUGACUUUUACUUUCAUGCAUUUGCACUGUUUUUUUGUUUGCUUUAUUUUGCACCUUGUGUAGUCUUGCUUAAAAGGUUGAGAUGGUUGGGGAAGUGUUGCUGUCAUGGAUGGACUAAUUUUGGGAAAUUACAGCCCUAAUGAACACCGAAAUGGCAGAGAUAACAGUUAAGUAGUAAUGUUCCUCUAGUUCCCACAGGAAAAAAAGUUGCCAUAGCUGUCAGAUAUUUUGCAUCGAUGCUUCAUUCCACUAACAGCUUGAUUAGUAAGUAAAAAAAAUAGCAACUCUGAAAAACGUUAGGUAAAAUGUUAAGAGUAGAUAGCAUAGGGGUCUUCAGAGAAAAGGUUAGGACCCUGUGCCUUUACGUAUGAGGUAAAAAGUUGAAUAAAACCGUCCAUCCACUCUUCCACACCUCCCCCUGUUUAUUUUCAUGGUGGAAACAGGUUGCUGUUUGUACUGUACGUUCAAUUUUAUUUUCUUGUAUUUCUGUCCUUGGCUAAAUUUACAUGUACAUCGUGUCAUUGAUUUCAAAGAAGAUUUAAAAACAAAACAAAACAAAAAAAAAAAAACUGUUAAACAUGCACACAAAUGUUCAAUAAAGUGAAGGCGGU